AAGUGACGUCAACGGAAGUGCGGGUCCGAGCGAGACCCUCAGUUAAUCAGAAACCGUACGCCGUUCUUGUCGAUUGUGAGGCGAAGAGAAGUCGAAGAUGUCGGAAAGGAAAGUUUUAAACAAAUACUACCCCCCCGACUUCGACCCCUCGAAGAUCCCCAAGCUCAAGCUCCCUAAGGACCGGCAGUACGUGGUGCGGCUGAUGGCACCCUUCAACAUGAGGUGUAAGACGUGCGGAGAGUACAUCUACAAGGGCAAGAAGUUCAACGCACGCAAGGAGACAGUGCAGAACGAGGUGUACCUGGGACUCCCCAUCUUCCGCUUCUACAUCAAGUGUACUCGCUGCCUGGCUGAGAUCACCUUCAAGACAGACCCUGAGAACACAGACUACACCAUGGAGCAUGGGGCCACGAGGAACUUCCAGGCUGAGAAGCUUCUGGAAGAAGAGGAGAAGCGAGUGCAGAAGGAGCGAGAGGACGAGGAGCUGAACAACCCCAUGAAGGUCCUGGAGAACCGCACGAAGGACUCAAAACUGGAGAUGGAGGUCCUAGAAAACCUGCAGGAGUUGAAGGACUUGAACCAGCGGCAGGCGCACGUGGACUUUGAGGCCAUGCUGCACCAGCACCGGCUGUCCACGGAGGAGUGCAGGCAGCAGCAGGAGGAGGAGGACGAGCGAGAGACCGCGGCCUUGCUGGAGAAGGCUCGCCAGCACAGGCUUCUGGAAGAUUCUGACUCAGAAGAUGAGGCUGCCCCCAUCCCACCACGGCCGGCCAUCAGGCCCAGCCCCACAACCAUCCUGGAUGAGACCUUGCAGGGCAAGAGGAAAAUGGGCAGUGUUGGCAGCAGGAGUCGGUUGGCUGGCCUGAUACUGGUCAAGAAGACAAGGACAGAAGCCAAGGGCUCAGAGGGGGGCCAGGUGCCCAACCCAGGGGCCCCCAGCAGCGGGACAGCAGCCAGCCCUGCACCCCAGAUUCCUGGCACCUCCCUGAGCCAGCUGGGUGCUUAUGGAGACAGCGGGGACAGCGACAGCAGCAACUGAGCCCCAGGGAUCCCAGCUUCACACAGACCUCUGUCACCCUCUGAGAAACCAGAGGAGGUGACUGUGACACCCCACGCUGACCACAUCCACCACCAAGACAGCACAGUGUGGGCCUGGGGCUCCUCUAGUCUUUGAAACAGGGUCUGGGCAGGCCAUUCCCCCUGUCUAAAAUGGGGCUCCUCAAGAGGCACUUGCCACCUCUGGGUUCCAGCCCAGCACCAAAAAAUAAUGCAACAAAACCAGGCAGAAUGUGGUGCCUGGGGUCUGCCCCCCUCCCCCAGGCAUGCACAGAACUGGCCUGGGCACUAGCCACUCGGCAUGGCAUUUUUUUAUGCACAAUCCAGCUUUUUCAAGUCUAUUUUCUAAUACUGUAACACAGUGACAGAGGCUGGGCCUGUUGAAUGAAACCGGGUGAACCAAG